AUGUCAGCGCUACACGGACAGAACACCAACUCCCCCGCAAGGAAGCCUACAAGGAGAGGACCUCCCAAGAACACUUCUAGCACUGAUAGCUCCCAUCCGAAACCUACGUUGCAAAGAGCCCCGGGAAAGCGUCCAUUCAAGAGAACAGCCAAACUUAUUGAGGCAGAGGAGGCGUCACUGACGAGAACUAAACGAGCCAAACACACGGCGUGGGGUAAAGUGGGACCAACACCCACACCAAUAGGAGCUCGGCAUACAACACCCACCUUUGGUUUUGACUCCCCUCACCAAAGAAUACCAUCAUCUACUCCGUCGCCAUCUAUAACGGAAGAGACGUCAACAAUCUUGGUGGACUACCAGCAACUACCGCAGUCGCAGCUCUCCUCAGACGAAUCCCAAUCCUCUUACGACACUAUUCCUAACAGCCAGCCAGAGGACAACACCAUCUUCAACCCGUUCGCUCCCCGAUCACCAACACCAGAGAGACCCUGCCCUGGUGACACUCACACGACCAACCCUUCUUAA